AUUUUUAACCGCGAAAAACAAGAUACCAAAAGCAUGGAUGUAGAUUUUGUUAUUCCGCUGUCUAAAGACGAUUUGUUGAGUGGCGAAGCAGGCUGUUAUGUUGUGGAUGAAGUUCUGUCGGCGCGUGUUCUCCCAAACAAACUUCGAGGUUGAGAAAUGUUGUCUUAUUUUUUGGUUUGCUUUGGUUUUCUAUACGAUCUUUCACCUUUGCUGAUUUGCUUGCAGAUUGUUUAACGGAACUUCGAUCUGGUGGACCAGCUGUUGUUCUAGAAACUUUUGACUGCUUUUUCAGUCUUUUAAGGUCAGUGUCAUGCUUAGAUUAAACGUAAUGUAUAUUUUAAUUUGUUAAACCGAUCCAGUCGCCCAGGAGUUUGUUUUCUGAAUGGUUAGUCACCUUGCUCGGAUCCUCGAAAUUCUCGCUUUCUAUAAACAAAUACCCUCCGCGGGGCAAGAGCUUCAAAAUAAAUAAUUGAAAUGGUUUAUUUGUUUUCGAUAUAAUUAUUGGGGCGAUGUGACUGCUUACUCCACGUAAUUUCAUUAAAUCUUGGAAUUUAGCUUGGAAAAGAGUCUCUAGAGAAUAAAUUAACAUUAUUACACUCUGAAGGGAUAUAACUUACUUUCCGUUAUUGCCGUGUAAAAAGAGACUGUCGAUGCAUCUUGAAGGGUGAAAAUUUUGGGUGGUGAUUUGAAAUGUAUGCUCCAGGAACACUGAGAGCACCGUGUAACCCGCCUUACAGCCACCACGGUAUUAAAUACGGUCGCCUCGUUAUUACGGCCACUUUUUUUGGCCACCCGGCUAAACGGCCAUACAUUUUCUUGUGAAAAACCCUCGUUAAUGCGAUCACUCGUGAAUACGGCCAAAUUUUUUUGUCCCAUUGGUGACUGUAUUAACGAGGUUCCACUGUCUGUGCAAUGUCUGUGCAUGGUUUCUCUGGAAAGACCUGAAAUCAUUGAUCUGUAGACGUCUGGUCAACACAUAUUCAUAACAGACAUAACAAUGUGACACUUUCUACUCCUUUAUUGGCAGACGUUUUGAUGAAGUGGAAAGUACACUCAGAGAGGGAACAUGGGACACUCUUCUUUACGGUAUAGAAACCAUACAUUUGCAACAAUCCCUGGAAAACUGCCCACCUACCCCUCCCUUAAACCAACACUAACAGUUACUUCUCAUUUAGGGCAAACUGCUGGCUUAGGGGAGGGGUAGGUGGGUAGUUUCCCAGAAACGUAAAUUGAUUUCAAUAAUUAUGUACAAGCCUUGCCUUUGUUUUACAUUGCCCUCCUCCAGAGGGCGUGCAGUUCUCUAAUCAGGCCCAUUUCAUCUCGUUUUUGGAGUGCAGAGUUCUACAUAAAAUUUAAAAGUAGUCAAAGAAAAAUUAUUGAGUAGGUGUCGCAAGAAAAGGUUGAUUUUAAAGACAGAGAGUGAAUUAAUGUGACACAGCCACUUAUGGGAGUAGGAUAACUGUAUUGGCAUGGCUGUCACUUAUUAUUGGCAUGACCCUGGGCUAUUUUCAUAGGACAUGAAUUGAAAAUGAGACCAAAAGAACUCCCAUGUUGUUUGGGUCCCUACCUACUACACUGGUCUGUAAUUGCACGGAAAGACUUUGUGACAGGCCUGAUCUCAACUUCCACUGAGUGAGUUCAGACGCCUUCCCUGGAAAACUUUAUUUUAGGGGUCCAUUUUAAGAGCAUUUCAAGCAUCCACGGAAAGAUUUUUGUAGCAAGGUCGCCACUUUUAUGGCCCAUAUUUGCUUUAUUUAUUUAUUUUGUAUUAUAAACCUUUGAGUUGACAGUAACAAAUGAGAUAGAAAAAUCACUGUCUGUGAGUAGCUGGUACUUUAGUGAUGACUAAUGACAAUUUUUACUGGUCCCGGGAGCUUACAGAACUGUUACAGAAGACCCUGAAAGUGUCCAGGUUUACAGGGAAGGUCAGGUUUCCAGUGUUGACUUUCAUGUUAAUACUGUACCUAAUUAGUAAACAGCUACAUGUACUCAUCUGAUUAUCUGCUUUGUAUUCUUAUAGUCCUUUCACAGUUCACCAAUAUGCUUCCAUCAGUUCUGGAAGAAGGAGAUAUUGAUUUUCAAGUCAGAAGAACACACCUAAAUACUCUAAAGGUAAAAAUAGUGAUUUUUUUAUGACCAAUCUUUGCAGGAUGAUGUGUAAUCAAUGUUGUUUUUUCGUUAAUUAUUUUUAACAUCGUGUCUACUAUGCCUAGAGAUGGAAACCAAAAUGCAGGGCUGGUCCAAGGCUGUGCUCUAGUUGUGGCCCCUGAUGCCUAACUUUUGCUCCUGGGUGACUAGAAAUCUUACUCUCUUUAUGUAAAUCAUAACUGUAUGCUGGACACCAUGGAUUUCACCAGUUCAAAGCAGCUGGCCUCCCUUCAAUGUUUCUUAGAGCACAUUUUUGAGGUCUUUCCAUCAGUGGAUCCAGGCAACAAACGAAUUUUGAUUGACACCAUGUCAUACAGCUGUAGAUUUAUAUAGAGCAUAAGUGUCAGGCAUGACAGAGGGAGAAAAAAGCAAAAACACUUCAACUCUCAUUUAUUUUAUAACAACAAGGCAGCAGAGCAUUUCAACUUUCUUGAUGUGGUCAAUGUAUUGUUUUUCUAUGGUAGCGGGAAAUUCCUGUGGAUCCUGUUUACAGGUGGUAUCAUGUACAAUAUGUAGUGAUGGUUUGAACCCAGGAGUCUUUUCAUUAGUUGGUGGAAUAUGAUCUUGAAAGUCCCGAUAAUUAACGAGCUUGUAAAGCUGUCGUUGUUUAUAUGCAAGAUAGAGGUUUCAAUAGUUUUGCAUCUCAACAUGACAAAACUAUAAGUUUAUGAAAAAAAAAAAUGGAGUAGUUUUCUAGCCAGAACCCAUGCUCUUAUUCUCUUAUUUAUUUCAACUUGAAUAUUUGAUUUUGGGCCCGAAAAGUUACAGGAACUUUUGAGAAAAGGGCCCCUGAAUAGGACUGUUGUUGAUGGUGACUGAUGUUUAGACAUCACAACCUAUGUGGUAGCCAAUUUUAGAGUCAAACUGAGUCUGAAAAUGACCAUUGUACAGGUUGUCUAUUUGUCAGGCUUUCUUUUCACAACUGCAAAAGUUGCGUCUACAACUGCAAUGAUCUUCUUUCAUAUAAUUCUUCACCCCGCAGCUCUCAUAUAAGAUUUUCAUAUAACUGCGAUGAUCUUCUUUCAUAUAGUUCUUCACCCCGCAGUUCUCAUAUAUGAUUUUCAUAUAUUUAUAACUUCACCUGAGUCACUGUCAACAACAGUCCCAUUCUGGUCUACAUUCACCUGUAUGAUCAUACUCCACCUUCUUAACCAUGUAAAAGAAAAAAAUAAUGUAAUUUCUUGAAAUGAGUAUUGAAAAUCUCCUAUUUUUUGUAGAUGUUGUGUUAUCUGCUGACACAGCUAGCAGACAGCUUUGAAGUAGAAGCUACCAAGCCCUCAACUGAAGUAAUUAUUGGUGGAAAGGUAUGUCUCACAAAACAUCAGGUACAACCUGAAGCAGGUGUCAACAAAUCCUGGAUUGGUCCAGAUCAUAUCAACCCCUGUAUCUCACUAAAAGGUCAGGGACAGGAUUAAAGGGGUUGAACUUCAUCUGAUCUCUUCCGUUUCAGGAUUUUGUAAAAAAGGGCCACCUAAAGCACAGUCACAUAACUCAAUGGAGAUGUCCCCAGAUAAUACAGUCCCCUUGUCUAAAUCAAAAUUUGUACAGGACUCAAAAUUAAUGUGACUGUAUCCCUUUUUUUAAAAAAAUCUGAAAAUCUUCAAGUGGAUACAGUAUCAAUCUGUGACUAAAAGAAUUAAAUAGAAAGUGACAUGCCCUUAAAAGUUUACUUGAAUUUUUCUAGAAAAAAGGCAAGUCGGCCAUGGCUAAGAAAAAGACUUCUAAUUGCUGGGAGUGGGAUGAACAGCGUGAUGUACUGAUUCAAACCCUGGGUCAGCUGUUACAACUGGAUGUCAACAGACUAUGGGAGCCUCCCAUUGUGGAGGAAGACUUUGUCAAGUAAGGUUUUUAAACAAGGUUUAAAAUGCUAUACUUAUUAUUAUUGUGAUAGAGACAUGUACAGCUUUAUGUCUAGAUUUGAAUUGCACAGGUAACCCUGUACCUCUUUGGAAGCAAACUUUUUUGAUGUAAAUUCGCCUAUCACAAAAAAAAAUGAAAAAGGAAUAAUGGUUGUCCAUUGAAUAAUAUUAUCAUGCACAAUUGGCUUUUCUGGUAUUAGAAAUCACUGAUCACCAACGGUUAGAAACCCUUAUAACUACACUUAAUAGAUAAAUACAGGGAACACUGCCUUACGGCCACCUCGGUAAUAUGGUCACCUCGUUAUCACGGCCACUUUUUUUUGGCCACCUAGGAAAAACCGCCAUACAUUUUUGUGUAAAAAAACCCUCAUUAAUAUGGCCAGCCUGUUGAUAUGGCCAAAUUUUUUUGGCGCAUUGGUGACCGUAUUAACAGGUUCCACUGUAACCUUAAAUUACCUUAAUUAUCAUUAAUUUUCACUUCAAAGCCAUAUUGGAACCCUGGAAGGGUUGUCAAAAAAUAAAAACUCCUAGAUUCUUGAAUUAGCUUAUAUUAGUUCAUGAAACAUUAAAUUUAAUGAAGAAUAAUGACUAUAUGGAAGUGAAUAAGAUCCUUUUAGUUGAAUGAACAACCUGAACAGUUGAAUUAAAGUACCUGAAAGAAUUCAGGUUUGACUGGGAAUCAAACCCUGACCUUUGCAAUGACACGAUGCAGUGCUCCAUCCAUUGAGCUUAUCAAGCCAACUGGAGAGCAGGCCAAUUUUUUUGGAGUCCUUAAUUUUUUAAGCCCUCCUUUGACCUUGUAAUAUCAAUGCUUUGUAAAACAGAGUGGUCAUGAGAAUUACAGACAUGAUCACACAAGAUUACUUUGCUUGAUAUUUUAUCAACUUCUCCCCACUUCUUUUGUAGGAAAUGAAUAGGGGCAACAAAUGAUAAUUCAAAUUUUGAUCUUAGGGUUAAAAGGGUUAAAAGCUGUAUGCCUGUAGAUGAAUGCGUGGAUCACAACUCAUGAGAUCUCAAUAAUAAUUUUGUGUUCAGAUUAUAUUCAUAUCACACCUCAUAGCUGUAUUGUACUUAAACAAAAAAUUAAUGUCAAUAUUAUUUUCUUUAAUUUUUCUUUUUCAGUUUGAUCACUGGUUGUUGCUACAAGUUACUUGAAAAUCCAGCAUCUAUAAAAAGUGGAACAACUAAAUCCUUGAUUUUCAAUCUACUGGGGGUGAUGGUCAAGAAAUAUAACUAUGGCUUAGGUGAGACCUCUGUUUGUUAUUCGCAGCACGUAAGAUUAAAAAUAACGUCUUUUAAGUUCAAUCAGUCUUUCUUAAGGAUGCAUAAAAAUCAUAGCAAUCAGUUAAAUCAUUCCUGCUGAAAAAUGCAAUUCAAAACAUAACCAACACCCAAAAUAGGCUCAUGCCACCUUAAAUCUUAUAAAAGAAUUUACUGUUUGACUGUUUUCAAUUUUGCUUUUUGUUACUAGGUGUGAGUCUGAAGAUUGUUCAGCUCCUGCAGCACUUUGAACACCUUGUUCAACCACUGGCACAAGCAGUUGAAACAUUUGUCACCGAGUUUUCUGUAAAAAGUAUUGUCUCUGAGGUUUUAAGGUCAGUUUAUUAUUAUAAAUAGCUUAUUAUUAUAAAUAGCUAUGUUUGUACCAGAUAAAUUGGAAUUAAUUAUUUGUACAGGCUGUAAAGACAGGGUUCUUCAUUAAAGUUUAAAAGUUCAUGGUGACUCAAGUCUGUUACGACUGCAAAGAUGUCAUUUGAUUGCUAUGACAACUCUGAUGUUGUUGCAUCACUGAUCUUGACAACAUCCUUAUCUAAUACAGCUGUGGUGGUCAUUUUUCCAAGUCUUUAUUAAUGGCAACAUAGUUUUGAAAGCUCCAACUUGGGAGGUACAUUGUAUAGUGCCCCUUAAAAAACCCAUGAAGUCAUCUCAAGUACAUUUUUUCAGAGAAUUUUCAUGCACUUGUGGCCAGCAUCUAUGCAAAUUUUUCUGGAACAAAAGUAUAGUUAUAACAUAACAAAAGAGAGUUAACUCUCACACGAUCGGUUUGGGGCAUCAAUAUGGUGGUCAUGACAUCAUGUGAAAACACUCUAAGCCUGUCUAUCAAAGUGGCUGGGUUAUUAUUCAGUUUCCUUGUGGUUAUUAUAGGGAGAUUGGUAGGAUGGAUCCCAGGGAUCUUGCAAGAGACACCAGCGGAACACGCGCUUAUGCUGACUUCUUAGUAGAGCUUGCUGGUCGGGUCCCAAGUCAGAUCAUUCCUAACAUUAGUGUGCUGUUGUGCCAUUUGGAUGGAGAGGUACGGUUAUGAAAAUCUUGAAGUGCUGAGAGCCGUUUCAUGACAUCUAAUUAUUAGACUGUGAUUUAGUGUUACACGCUUAAGUUAAAAAGAAAAUUAAAAAAAAAACAACUCUUGUUAAAGCCUUACUACAGUGUAAUUUUCAUUUUCUUCAAAUGAUCAACAUUAAUUUUUAUAUUCUCAGUUCAAGCCUAGACCAUACAAAAAUAUCCUCACUAGAAAGCUGAGCUCUAUUCAAUAAUCCCCUUGUUUGUUUGCAGUCAUAUUCCAUGAGAAAUGGUAUCCUUGGUCUCAUGGGAGAGAUUGUUGUCAAGGUGUUAUGUAAAGAAGAUCUGGAUGACGCUGCUAAGAAACUCAGAGAUCAACUGCUUGACAAAUUGGAGGUUGGUGUUACACAAUAUCUACGAAAAGUAUGCAAAGCUCAUUAAGGUCUUUUUAUUAAUGUUAACUUAAAAUUUAUUUUGAAUCCAUCAAAAACAGUAUGCACCCUAGACAAUGCUGAUACCAUAAAUGAUAAUAGUAAGGCUAUCAUGCUACAUACAUAAUUAUUCAAUACUGUACAUGUACAUGUAUUCGUGUGCAUAUUAACAGGGUUUUUAUUAGACUCACAACUAAUUUUUUUAUUCAGAUGUGGAGCCUCUUUUAAAAUUUUCUCCUGUUAUGUUACACCUUUCUCCUGCUACUAUAAGGAACCUUAAUGAAAACCCUGUAUUAAUAAUUGACAAAUUGAGAACAAUUUCCUAUGGGUAUACUCUUAUCAGCCAUGGAAAUGAUGUCAAAAUGUUCAAAACCCAAGUAGAACCACAAGCCGCAGGCGAGUGGUUUCACUGCAAAGCUGGCUGAUUUCUCAGGCUGGUGACUGCCCUGUCUAUGUAGAGUUCUGGGUUCAUAACAUUUAUUAAUUUGCUGGUUUUCCACAGUUAAAACAAAUGGACGGAUUAUUCUGGCAGAUAUUUAAAACCUGUCAUGCAAAGUUGGUAAUUAAAGUUGUUGGUGUUCUUUUUCUUUUUACUAGGAGCACAUUCAUGAUGUGAAUGCUUAUGUCCGAAGUAAAGCUCUCCACAUUUGGCUGGAGCUCUGCAAAGAAAAGGUUAAAUAACAUUGAAUUUUUUGUAUUCAUUUAUUUAAUUUUCCUUGUCUGAAAAGGAUCAUGAAAAUUUUCAAUGCUUUUGGUGGGAUCUAGCAAAUUCUUCAGGGUCAUAAUUUAUUUUUACUGUAAUACAGUGGUAUAUACAUAACAUUGUACAGUGUAGUAAACGUUUUUUGUUGAUUUAAGGUGGUUUUAAAAGUGAGGAAAGUUUAGUAUUACAUUACUGUGCAGGUUAAUGUAGAUAAAUUUAGAAAGUUUUUAAAAUAACAAGCAGCAUCAUUUUCUUAGCCAUAUUAUUUAUGUUGUGCAGGCUAUACCUCUUUCUCGGCAACCCCAUCUGUUGGAGCUGGUUAUCAGUCGUCUUCAAGAUAAAUCCAGUAUUGUACGCAAGAAUGCUAUCCAGCUGUUGAAGACUUGUCUUAUUUGUAACCCAUUUGGUGCACAGGUCAGUCUAUAACCUUCAUGUGCGACCAGCUCUUGUAAGCUACAUGUACAUGUACCACCUCCUACUUGGAACCACCUAUCCAAAACACCAAUAUUUUCCCAGUCAAAGCUCUUGUUAACAACCACCUCUUGAAGGCAAAUGUCACCACUGCUUGGCCGGACAUUUCAAAGAUUUUCAUUUUUUUAACCUCUUGUAAGCAACCACCUUAUACCUAGUGUGGUCUCUUUUUUUGCUGCAUGUACACAUAUUAAGCCACUCAUGGUUUAUGAAGAAAUGUUUGUGACAACAUGGAACCCCUGACAUGGAACUACACGUACAGUGUAUGAAUUUAUCCUUUGUUUAAAUGUUAUUUCAAAGUCAUUAAAGUACCUUACCAAACUAAGGAAAAUAAAAUUUCAACCAAGGAUAAAAUUAAACCACAACAUACAAUGUAUACGUUACUACCAUGAAGUCACUUGCAGUAAAGCCAAAACAUAGAUCUGUCUGGACCUCUUUUCCGAGAGACCCCCUCUGGCUCAAUUCAUGUUACUGGCCGGCCUUGAGUGAAGAAAGACAAAGUAGAGCAAAGUUUCUUGUCCAACGAAACGACACAUUGGCAAGGCUUGAACUUGCACCUCCAGAUCUGAAGUUCAAGAUGCCAAACCACUCAGACUCUGACUGCUUAUCCUCAUAAACUUAUUACUACAGGUGAUUUAUUGUCCUUCAUGAUUUUGUUGUCUUUAGCUGCCGCUUGAACACUUGCAGCAAAAUCUCUUAAAGGAGACAGAAAAACUGAAGAAAAUGGCUCCACAUCUGAGUGAUGAUCAGGAUGGACAAGGUAAAAUUUGUUUUAAGUAAUCUGGGCUGGGUCAAUGCAGAAUCAAUAGGUCCUUUCCGAGUUCCAAAAACUCUCACUUUCAAAACGAGGCCAAGUGCAAAACCUUUCUUUUAUUUGCACACAUAGCCUCGCUUUGAAACAGAGACUUUCAACAGGAAAAUCGGAAAUGGUCUAUUGAAAUGAUUGGUCAAUUUAAAAAACUUAUAGUCCAAGGCUGUGGUCUGCUGAGGUAAAGUUGGUUAACCUGUGCAUCACCAUUCACCAUUGGGUGCUGCCUUAACUCUAAGUACUAAGAGUGACCAACAUGAAUUUUCUCCAAACAACGGUUAAAAGAAAAGUUUCUGAGAACUAAUGAUAUCAUUUCCUACGAGAGAUCAGUGUAAAUAAUUUGUACGUGAAUAUUGCCGCUGAAAGAGGCUGUGUCGUGGCUAGUUAGUUCAUUAAGUUUAUAAAUCCAAUUACGUGCCCUUAUUCACUGUGGAACGUGAGAAUUAAAUGACAACAUCACAGCUUUGUGUUAAACAAGCUAAUGUCUCCCAAGCAUUUAUUCAAUCGUUACCGUCAGUAAAAAUGAACUUUGAAAAACUGUUGGGCGAUAAACAAGUGUUUCAAAAAAAGAAGAAAAACAUGCACAAUUGUAAUCUGCUCCAAUCUUCUUUACUCCCCCCUCCCUUACUUUUUGUAUUUGCCGUGUUAUUUACACUUUCUUUCAAUGUUUUGAGCAGUUACUUUGAUGUUUCACCUGAUUUGGUGGCAGUACCGUCCGUUUGAAUUUUGAUACAUUUUGUUGCACAGGUCCUUCAAAUAGUUAGUACUUUCAGUUUCUGUAUUGUUCUUAUCUCAGUACCUGUAGUACCUGCAACAGAGAAUGCCAGUGAAAUAUGGGAGGCUAUUAAACCUGAGGUGAAGGCUACUAUCGAAGAGUACUUUGAUCAGGAAGACAUUAUUGAUGAAGAUGAUGGGCCAGUUGAAUUCCAAGGUGAUAUGGACGAUGCUCUGCGGUGGUAAGCGCUAGUAAGAAAGGCUUGAUUGUAGCUCCUAUCAUUGUGGGAUUAUAUGAGCUUUGUCAGCGGUCGCCCAGUAAUAAGUUGGCCGCAAAUUUUAUAACACAACGAAACUUAUUCUUUCACUUUUUUCCUGGUAUCUACUCCGCCCCAAGAAGUCAUCAGUUUUUUUGUAACAAACUCCUAAAAACAAAAACAGCUGAGUGAUUCAUCAAAAGGGGAUGCAUGUAUUGGAACGUUUUUCUGAAAGUCGUUGGGAAACCUAAGAAAAAUUCCAGUGCCCAUUUUUGCAGAGGAUAAAGCUAAAUACAUGUAUAAAACGAGAUUCCCUGACUCGUCUGCAGUCAUAUCGUUUGUCUUUACUCCGUGAUAGUCUUCAACAGCAGAGCUGUUCAGUGAAAGCCUAGAGGCGAAUCGGUAUUUCUAUCUCUGUACAGUGAAAAAUUAAUUGGAAAGAAGCUAUGUACUGGUGUACGAUUUGUUAUAAAGAUCUUAACCAAUAUUAUUUUGAACAGUAUUUGUCACUGCCGCAUCGCAUCAAGCUUUUCUAGCUUUGAAAACAUCAAUAUUAGUCAUGAGUUUCUCCUCUCCUCCCCAUGUGCGAUCACCUCUCGUAAGCGACCACCUCCAAUAGUCGACUACUCAUCCAAAACACCAAAACUUUCCCAGUCAGAGCCUUAUAGUUGGAACCUCUAGUAAACUACCACCUCCUUUAAACGUCCGUGACCACGUUUUGGGCCUUGCGACCACUUGACGCAUUCUCUGAUCUCUAUGUUCACUGUGUGCACUAUGCUACUUAGAAUAUACGAAGAACUUUAGUAACAACAUGGAACUACACAUGGCGUAACUUAGAAAUUGCAUGCAAUAAAUUACUUUCCAUAAGGUAGAUGUGGAAGAGGCCCCCUCUGGUUCGAUUCUUGUAAACGACCACUAAGUCUGUGCAUUUUGGCUGGUCGCCUUCUUUAGUUUCGACUGCAUUGUUCUAAGUCUAUUGAUUUCUUUUAAUUGCCAUCAUUGUUAAUUAAUAUAACCAAUAUGAAAAUAUGAUGGAGGAAGUGUUUAAAGAUUCAUUUUAAUCACGAUUUCACUAGAAUUUCAAGUAUACAAUCACGAGGUACACGCAACGCAAUAGUCUCUAACUAUUCACUAACAUACUGAAAUGUCAAUCUGUAUGUUGUUACUUGAGAACACGCAACGGUAUAUAUAUUGUUACAGAAAGAUAACUAAUGAAAGAGUCUUGAUGUUUUUCUUUAGUGCAUUGAAGCAGAUCAGGAAUAAUUUGAACCACGGUCAUCACAAAAGAGCUCUUGCUGUACUGAAGGCCGCCAUGAUAACGUGGCCGGACUGUGACAUAUUUGCUACUACUGAGUUGAGUUCUGAGCAGGAGGAUGAACAAAGGUGACCGGCUCACUCAUGUUUUACCGUUUUAAAGCUGUGGCAUUUAUAAAUUUUACAACUUACAUUGUAAAUCAUUGAACGGUUUCGCCCGUUUUUUCGUUUUCAUUAGUAAUAAAGCAGAAAAUGCCAGUUUUCCAAAGUCCGUGGAAGACCAGUUGUCAAUCAUGAAGGCAAUAUUCCUUGGUUAGUAAGUUUUACAUUUUGUUCUAAACUUACACUUUUCUUUGGUUAGUUGUUAGUUUUGUUUGAUUCAAAAUGUGGAAAGAAAAAAGAAUUCAUUAUUACAUCAGAGCCCAGGAGUCUAUCUCUGAAUCUUCCAGCGAUCUUGAUCAGUCUGAUCAGGUGACAAGUCACGUGAGUCUCAACAGGGCUCUAGCAAGGCCAAAGCUCAGAAUUUUCACUCCAGUGUGAUGACUAAAAUUUAUAAUUUCUUAAGGUUAUUGUUUCCUGCACAACUUGACUACAGUACAUCGUCAGAACAACGUAUUCCUGCUUCGUUGUUAGGAGUUUAAAUCUAAAUCCACUUCCCCGGCCCUGUCAUCGCUCUCCAUUCCUCCCCUUCCAUUGACUUUUCGUAAAGGAGUGAUUCACUCUUUGAAAACAGAACUCGCGAGGGAGGAGGAAAGACGCAAUCAUCUUCUACUCGCGUGAUUCCUUCUUCCCAGGCGCGUCUUUCUCCUCGAAGCAAUAUUGUCGGACGUGUGGUAAGCGCGUCAGACUGCCCACAGAAAGUGGUCUUAGCUUACUUCUUUUUCCUUAGCUUCUGAAGGCGAAACGGAAACCACAGCUGCCGAAGGUGCAGACAUUGAUCUUCAUGAACUGGUUCAAGUGUCCACAGAACAUGAAAAUCAGGACUCCUCAACAAACCAACCAGGCAAUGGACUAGUGAACGAUAUCACUAAACAACAAAUGAUUGUUCAGUUUUUGAAGGUGAGAAAGUUUGGUUUAUUAUCUUUAAUCUCCUGCUUUAAUUUUCUGGUAAUUUCACUUUCCAACUGAAGUCUUUUGUUAAGAACAGACCAGCCAGAGAUGAAGGGUUUUUUUUCUGCUUAAGAGUUCAAACAGGUAGGAUUAGCUCAGUCGGUAGAGCGCUUGACUGCUGAGCGGGAAGUCGUGGGUUUGAUUCCCUGGGCCGGACUAAUACUCUGGGUCUUAAAAUAACUGAGAAAUAAAGGUACUCCCUUUGCACUGCAAGCGGCGAGGCCUUCGAGUGGCUCAGAUGACCACGUAAUAUGGCGGUCCCGUCUCCAGUUGGAGACGUAAAAAUAGUGUUCCCAAAUAGCACUUUCGUGGUAAAUACUUUGACACUCAAAUGAAGUGCAUUUUCAUUUAAACAGAGCUUUAGCCGUAAUGGAAUUCGUCAACUUUCACGCUAAACAUUCCCGCUUGCAUUCGGCCCUUUGUCUGUCGCGCUUCACUUGCGUGUUCAGAUGGUGAGGGAACAUUGUCAAUCUCUCUCUUUUUUUGCCGCCAUCGUUUUUCCGGCUCAAGCUCAAAAACACAGAGAGGGCAAAAAAAAAAGAACAAAGAUCGCUCUUGACCGCACUUAGUUGACAAUUGAGUCAACCGCAAGACCUUGAGCACUCUAGUCACUGACGUAGCAGAUAAACGUAAAGCAACGUGAACAAGAGUGAAUACUGACGGAUAAAUGUCUUCUUUUGUUUUGACUAGAAGUAAGGUCUUGUGUGGAUUGAUUUUUUAAACACGGUUUUCAUUUCUUUUUAAAUCAGGACACUCUACAUCGCUUGGACUUGAUUCAACCUUAACCGUAACCUGUUUCUUUUCACUUUAUAGGAUUAUGUGCAUUUUCAAACUCAGAUGGAGAAAGCGGUCCCUACUUUGUGCCAGUUGCUUGGUUCUAAAAGCAUCUCCGACGUGAAUGAGUCUAUUAAGUUCUUUGUUGUAGCUUCUGAAUUUGGACUCCAGUCAGCUAUUGUCGGCGUGCGGAGGAUGCUGGUGUUGAUCUGGUCACGUGACUCUGCCGUUAGAGAUGCCGUGGUGGAGGCAUACAAAGGGCUUUAUUUAGACCCAGAGGCGCCAAAUGCUAGGUACAUGUACGAGCACUGUAGUGUCAUAAAAGGGAUUAGGGAAAUGAAGCGAGUUAACCUCUGGGCGUUGUGCGGAAUAUUCAUUGUCGUUUUUGUUUUCAUACACUUUUUCUUUCAAGCCUACAAUAUGUUUUAUUCUUUUGUAACACGUUUCAGGUCUAAAACAGCACUGAUCGUAAAAAACCUGAUUGCUCUUACACAAGGAGCCUCUAUAGGAGACUUAACUUCUCUAGAAGAGUUGGUAGGUUGUUGUGUUUUUUUACAUUCUUUCCCCUGUUUAACAUGCGACGAAAUGUAGAGACUGUCAGUGACUGUCAUUUUAGUAUAUUUGGUCCUUUUCUCCAAAUGUUUUGAGAUCGUCAACUGUAAUUUAAGUGGCAAGUCAAAUGUAUGUGUUAAAAUGUGUAAAGUGCCUUUUAGUUAUAGUUUUGUAACUUCCCGGUUACUCUCAAACCUGUAUAAAGCCCACAUCUAUUAAGCGGUGACUUACCAAAGUCCCAGAAAUAGUUUCACUAACUCGAGGUCCCUUCAGUGUUCGCUAUAGAGUGGUUUUCGUUUGAGUGUCGUAAAACCAAAACCAAAGUAAUUACUCUGGCCAAUCACAUAGGACACAGACAAUACAUUGAACCAAUCAAAACUCGAAGUAAUUACAUGUGGCUGACGCAAAAGCGUCACAAUUGGCUUUGGUCUUACUUCUGAUUGGAUGAAAAGGUGGCGCGAAUCUUUUAAGCCAAUCGCAUCGUGUAGAAAGUGCAAAACCAAUUACUUUUCGACACUCAAAUGAAAACCGCUCUAAAGGGAGUUGACUGUGACUUGAAUGUGUGCUCUGUGCUUCCUCCUCAGAUAAGCGAGCUGAUGAAAGAGAACCUGAUCCCCGGCCCUGUUAUAAAGCUCUUAUGGGAGAAAUUUACAAUGAAGGUAAAAUAUCGAUUUGAUUUUUAAAGCAGGGGCGUGAAUUGGAGUAUUAUUGUAGGUAGUGAGUGCUUUUCAUUGGAUGAAGCAAAUUUUCAACCAAUCAGAAGAGCUACCUAGAUCUAGAUAGUGACGCGUCUUCAGUGUAGAAUUUUUGUGCUCGUUUCUCUGAUGUCAUUUCGCGAGAAAACCAGUGGUGGCUGUUUUCUCAGGCUACAAGCAAAGAAAAUGUUAAAUUUGGUAAUAGCUAAAUUCAAUUCAAUUCAAUUCAAUCAACUUUAUUUAAACACGGUGAAUGGCUCAGCAAGCUGGUUGUCAGACAUGUCGUGUAACAAUUACAAGCUAUAAUUGUUAAAACUAGUGAUUAACUAACAAUAACUUAGCACUAGGAUUUGCACUUUUAUAUCUGUUCCUGUCGGCUCCUAUAAACAUAACUACCUAGUUUUAUGUCGGCAAGAUUUAUUUAGAUACAAUUUAAUAAGAAGAAAUAAGACAUAAAUAAAAAUAAGAUAAAGAGUUAUAUAUUAGGAUAUCGCAAGUUUAAAGCUAGUAAGAGCUUCCAUCCCACGCGUUUGAUUUGACAGUUGAUUCCAAGCCAUUGCACCCGAUAAGAAAAUGAGCGCUUAAGCGGGCUUAGUAUUCCAUCCUGGCGUUGCUGCCCCGCUCCUGUCAACAUGUAGUUUUUUUAUUUUAUUAUAUAAACACCAAUGAAAUACCAGGUAAGCUUUCGCGCGAAAACAUGAUAUUUUCACAUGUGAAAAUAUCACCGUUGCUAUGGCUACAUAAUAAAUCGCGCCUUACGCAAGAAAAAACUGUUUCAGUGAAAUGGUUUGGUAUUUCAUUGGUGUUUAUAUAAUAAAUAGAACAUUACAUGGCCGCUUGGAGAUACGAAAUUUCUCUUCUCGUGUUGGAAAUACUUCACUCGUUCGCUACGCUCACUCGUGAAAUAUUUUUCAACACUCGAAGAGAAAUUUCGUAUCUCCGCGCGGCCAUGUAAUAUCCUCUAUAUAUGAAUGAAUCUGCAAGCGGGCAAGAUGAAGCGAAUCCUGUGUUCUAAUUGGCUACCCGAGCAAGAGAGAUGGACCCGUCUUGCCCGCUCGGAAUUUCCCGCGUUGGUCCCUCAAAGAAAAAGUUCUCUUUUUUGGCCAUAUAAUAAAUCCUUUAUUGACUAAGCAGGGAACUUAAGAUAGAGACGUUUUUCGGGGCGACGGCGACCGGACUGGCAGAGCAAGCCUGGAGCAGAGGCAGCCGUCGCUUCCCUCCAAAAUUCGAACAUUAAGAUCGCAGUGAACUAAGGAGGACGGCGCCUUGUAAGACUACCGAAGAGGAAAAUAUGGCUUCACACAAAGAAUUAAGAGAAUUAAUGCUUAUUUGCUUGCAUGCAACAACAAUAACAACAACAACAACAACUUUAUUUCAGCAUUCCCACGUUAGUACGUGGUAUUACCUACUAUUCUAAACAAUUUUCAAUAGGUUUCAUUUAUACGAUACUCUAACGAAAAGAGUGAGCUAAAAAUACACAAUCAAAAUACCGGAGUUCAUACUUUUUGUCUGGAUACUUUCAUUUGGCUCGUAGGACAACUUUGUCCAUGUAAAGCUCACUUACGGUUUGCUGUUUGCCAUAUUGGAUCAGAUUGGAUCUUGACUCUGUGACAUGAAACAUAGAAACAUUAUAAAGAUGUAAGUUUAGAUAAAAGAACUUGGAAAUCGAGCUUGAAAUGUGACUCAAAGAAAACAAGGACAAUUUAAGAACGAUAAUCUGCAAAAUUCUGGUUGCUAAACGCAACAAACCUGAUUGAAAUCAUAGUUAAAUACUCACGUUUUCGCCACAACGCCAAACAGACCAGUUUCACGUCGCCGACGGGAGCACGACGGCAAUGUGGUGAGCAAGAGCAUGCGCAAUAUUUCACAAUCAUGACGUCACGUCCGGUUGAAGUUGCCGUCGCCCCGAAAACGUCUCCAUCUUAAGUUCCCUAGCGUGAGGUCAAGACGGCUGGAUAUUGUCCUCGUACUUGUACUUUGCCAAUAUCCAGUCGUCUUGACCGAACAAGCUUGGUCAAUGCCAAUAACACGUAUUCUGGUUUGCAACCACGUGACAAGGCGGCCAUGUUGGGGGUCGAUACAAUAGAAUUUACAUGAAAAUAGAGUUUAGUUCCCAGAGGAAAGAGAUGCUUCUACCAACAUGGCCGCCGUGACGUCACGUACAAACCAGCAAUAUAUUACCUGGGCCUUCCCACUCUUUGUCUCACUCAGAAAAGAAAAACUUCAGUCCCUGGCAAACUGUUCCUUGUUUAAUUUCAGGCUGCCCAGACCACUGAAGAAGAGAGCAGAGCUGCGCUGGUGCUUUUGGGAAUGUUGGCAGGGUAAGGCUUGAAAAGGUUCUUGUAUUUAAAAAGUGUUUGGUUUGUCUGUAUGAGUAGACCAAGUAUUCAUGGAAAGGUAAAGCUGAACUCCCUGCAAAAUACCCAGCUCAUAUUUGAUAAGUCUCCUUCGCAGCCGCUGGGACCGGAGUCACGCAAUGCAGAGACUAACAUGUGAUCGACACUGAGAGUACUCGCGGGAUUUUUCAUGUCAUUCCUUCGGUUUCAAUUCUCAACCGACUCACUCUCUUUUUUCCCGUGUGUGCUAGUUGCUUCUGUAUAUGUUUCCAAAGCUCGGUCCCGCACUGUUUUGCCAAUGGGUAAUGUAAAUGAAAAUUGCAGAGGGAGUAACGUGACAAGUGUUUCAACAAACGUGACGAGUAUUGUAGUGAUAGUUUGACACACAGUAGUGCUCCAUAAAAACACUAUUAUUUUGCUAUGUGUGUUUCAGAGCAGAGGCGGACAUUGUUCGCAGUAAUAUUGACGUGUUGGUGACCACGGGACUGGGACCGAGAGCUGAAGACGACUUUCUUUUGGCACGUGUCACGUGCGUAGCUUUGUUGAAACUUGCAAAAACCCAUAAGGUAAAAGAAAGUUCUGAUUACGUUUACGUAAGCACGCGCUAGUUGUCUCUAUAUUUCCAUUGCGCACAUAUUAUGUAGCAUUCAAGAUACUACUUAGGGCCUGUUUACAUGGAGGUGGGGGACCCCAGGUAGGUGAGGUAACCCGCUUAGGAGGAGUAACCCGUCUGUCCAUAUAAUCUCUCAUUUCAAUUUGAUUACGUUUAAGUGAUAGGUGGGGUGACCUGCCACAUGUUACCUCACCUAUCUGGGGUCCCCCACCUCCAUGUAAACAGGUCCUGAAACAGCUUCGUCUUCAUAUGACGUCACGUCUGCCAUAUUGGUUAGUGUUUCAAAACAAUGAAACGGUAGUUUCUUGGUGCUGCAGUCAGCAGAUAGAUGCAAUCACCAACUGACGUAAUACAACAGAUUAAAAGGACACUGAAAAAUACCCACACUACAACACAAAAGUGAACUAACAAUGGUUUCCACAACACAUCCGCAAGGAACACCCAAUGAAACGGCAGCCUUGUUGGUGUUCCAAACUAUUCCUGCAGGAGUUGAGCCUUCUUUGUGAUGUGAAAAUUUUCUUUUGUUUAAAUAAGUUUACAUAGCUGCUUGCCAGCCUUAUUUUGCAAGGGAAGGGGACUGUGCUCCUCGCAUCUCCGUACUCCCUAUUUCCUUUGUCUGUAUUGACGGAUCAAUUACUGCUUCCUUGAAAAACUGUAGUUUUUCUGAUGGCCCAUUUAUCUUUUGUUAUUUAGAAGCCUGGUUUAAGCGCCGAGGAGCCAUUCAGACUCGCUUCUAGCCACGCAGUAUUUGAGCGACUGACGGAGAUUGUCGUUUCAGGUGAGGAACAAAAUAGCUUUAAAUUUAUUAUCCUUGUAUUAAAAUUACACAGAUAAACAGAGCUGUAUUGGGGUGCUGUAAUAUUUUAACCAUUCUAGUUAAACCUUCUUCGCGGCUCCUUUUCGGCUUCUACACGGGGAACCUAAACAAGUGAUUCUUGUACAGGAAACCCAGAGUAAAUCAUUUUCAGAAUUGUGUAAAAUAGUACAAAGUACAAAUGACGUCAGAGUGACUAAUCUACAAUGUUUGUCUAACUUUUAAUGACAAAAAACAAACGAAAGUGGCGAAAUCGCUUCUUUUAACGUCACUUUGGUAUUCUGAGUUUCAGAGAAGUGUUGCCUCGUUGUAACUGAGUAAAGUCUUUUUAUAAAUAGAUGGAAAUAGAUGGACUGUACAGUUAGUUUGUUGUUGGUUUAGUUUUGUUAAGUCACAUCUUCGCGAACAGAUGGUCCUUCUUCAUUGGACGGGCCUAAAGAUAAGUGAUAUUUCCGUAUCUAUUAGGUGUUCGUAAGCUGGAUAAACCGGACUGGACUCCUAUGAUGGAGCAAGCGCUGAAUGUGAUUUACUUUCUUGCGGAACAUCCGGAGACAAUCGCUGAGAGCAUCAUUAAGAAAAUAGCAGCCUGCUUGCUGGACAAAUCUGAAAACACGGUGGACCCUGAGGAGGAAACAACAUCAGAGCGGGAAGAGAAUGGUAAAAAGUGAAAUGUUCUGUACAUAGAUAUUACCUCGGCUAGUAAAUAUAAACUUUUAAGGGAAAAUUCUGACAAGUGACAUGGCCUUGAAACAGCGACCUAAGACAGAUGAAAUGAAGGGCAAAAGUCACAAAAUUGGGUUGAAGCUGCGACGGCGAUAAAAACAAGCGCAAAUGUAAUGGUAAACUUCACCGACAUCAUGGCCUCCUCUUCAAUGCGCGAAAUGAUGGGUUUUGCAGUAGACUUGUGAACAGUUUUUUUUCUAAAGUUUUGACAUGGACGAGUUAGGAAAAAUCUUUAGCUCGAAAUAGCGACUCUAAAUUAGUAAAAUUGCCAAGUUUGAAAGUGAUUUGUUGAAAACUAACCAAGAUACAGCUCCUCAAAGUCGCUAAAUUUUACAGACGUUUGUGUGGUGGGGGGCACAAACUUCCCCCCCCCCACCAUAAAAACGUUUGUAAAUUUUCGUGCCUUCGCGGAGCUAUAUCUUCGCUCGCUUAAGAUGUAUCGUCGCUUUCAAGCUUUAAAGGUGCUCUUUCCAAUAGUGUCGACGGCUUUUCCUUAUUUUUGUUUCUCCAAGUAAAAAGUUGAAAAAACAGUAGAAGGGUCUGUUCAGGCCAGGGUCGUGCGUACCCCACCCCAAGACGGCUUUAUUGCAAUAGCAUUGUUACAACAAACGAAAAUUGAAAAAAAAAAACAACAAACAAUCAUAUAAAAGUUCGCUAGCCUUUAUCUGCUUAACCAAUUCCCCUUAUGGCUCUAUCCAGUCUAGUGGAGGCGUGUGUGUCCGAGCAGUUAACACCUCGAACUCUGGAUCUGGAGGUCCGGGGUUCAAGCCUCGCCCGUCGCGUUGUUUUUUUAGACAAGGAACUGUACUCCACUUUGUCUCUCUUCACCCAGUUGAUAAGUGGGUACCGGCGACAUACUGCUGGUGGGUAACCCUGCAAUGCAUAAGCAUCCCGUCCAGGGGGGAGUAGCAAUACUCCCAGGCAUGCUUCGAAUUCAUGCUACGGAAACUGGAAAUAAGCUCCGGCCGUGUGGGCCUUUGGCUCCUGUCCGCCUUUACCUUUUUUUCUCUCCAGUCUAUUGGGUUCCGAGCUUUAAUACCAGAGUCUCACGUUUAUCGACUAACCAUCAAUAGCCCACGUUCGACGUAUAAAAAUUCUAGCAUGACUCCGAGGAUUUAGGGACAAACUUGCAAAUUUUUCACGACUCCAUUGUCUCGCAAUUCCCAGAGGAGACUCGAGAGCCCAAAAGGGGGUUUAAAAGGUUAUUUAUGGGCACAAUGUGAAAAUAACGAGUAUAGGAAAUAGUUACUUUUGAUGUCAAUAGAAGUCUCUAUGCUUUGUUUUGCUUCCUUUUAAGUUUCUAACGACGAUACCAUGGAUAACGAUGGCCGUUCAAGUAAUCCUCAGACAACGUGUCAUGCCGGUGUUUUAGCUCGGUUUCUUAGCAUGUCAGGUCACGUGGCCUUACGUCAUAUGGUUCACCUGGACGUUGGGGUACUGGGUGAAAUCAAACGUCGGCAGGUGAUUGAGGAGAAUGAAAAAGAGAAAGAGAAACAAGCUAACAAACGAAAAGGACCGCACCACGAAUCGAACACUAAUACAACAAAGGUAAAAAUUGAUUACAGUGGCUGACAUCUGUAGUAAUAACUUUAAACAGAAGGCUCCCGCGUUAGAACGUUCCUACAGGUGAUUUAAGUUAUUUCUUUAAAAUUAUCUAUUUCCCGGGACUUCAAAAUUCACCUCUGUGUGUUUAAGUGCUACUUCCGCAAGGUGCAAAUACGCCGUUCCUGGUGUAGUCUUUUUCCCUGGGGUAUUUUUACCAGAUAUGCUCGCUCCAUCAGGGGGAGAAUUGCGGUUUUUAUUCCUAUAGUCGGGAUUCUAUUGGAACGCUUAAUUAAGAUUAAAGGUAUUGAUGAAAGUGUGAUUAAAGAUAAGUCGUAUCCGAUUCUGCUACAACAACAGCGGGGAAAAAUUUAUGUUUAAAUGGUCUUUUCUAUCUUUCGAAAAUUACUUCUGAAAGGGAUAAACAAAUGUUUAAGCUCCCCACCCCUCCCCCCAAAAAAACGGGGAAAGAAAGAAGCAGAAGUACUGAGCUAAUAUUCUCAGUGUUUUGGAAAAAAAUUCCCUAAAAUGCUUUUGGUAACUGCAAUCCACAAUUACAUCAGUUCAAAUCCCUUCACUGACAGAACCAUCUAAUUUAGGACCCAGGCGCUUCUGAGACGAUUGAGGAGGAACUAGGGCUUACUGGAGCAACAGCCGAUGAUGUAGAGACAGAAUACAUCAGAAAGAUAUGCGAACACGACAUUGUUACUGGUAUGUACGAUUCUUGAUCUCUAGACAACCGCAAAUGUAGCCGGUAAAACCUGAUUAAUUCUUUAAGCCCCAAGAUCCACACAAAAAUUCUCCAGACUGAUAUUCAUAGAUUUCCUUUAAAGAAUUACUUGAAAGAAUUUGAUGACAGGUGAAAGUAUUUUCUCUUUGGUGAUCACUUUAAUAUUCUUCUAGCCUUUUUCUUGACAUUCUAUCGAUAUUGUUUGAGGAAAACUGAUGUUGGUCACAUUCGUUAUUUCAACAGAUUUCAUGACACCUCACGUAAUGAUAGAACUCGUAUAAAACUGCCUACAAUUUCUUUGGAUUCCACAGAUGGUACUUUGUUAGCUAGUCUGCGCCCGCUGUUAGUAUGUGUCUGCAGUAAUCCUGUGAAGUACAGUGAUCCUAACUUACGAGCCUCAGCAUCACUGGCUCUGGCAAAGUUCAUGUUGGUCAGGUACGUUACACUCCCCCCCCCCUUGGAAGAGGCACUCAAGGGUAGUUUAGUAGAGAUGUGCCCGCCGAGGCCUUCAAAACCUGAUCCUGUUCAAGACAAAAAUGGUUCAUUUCGCAACCCUGUUUAAGACAACAUGACCCUUAUUCAUUUCGUUUUGCUUACAGAAUUAAGAAAUUUCCUACGUCAUUGAAUUAAAUUUUUUAGAAAAAAAAAUGUUGAUACCUCUCAUGUAGACUAGAGGGCUCAUCGCAAAUCUUUACACUCUUUUUGAGGCCUCCGGUCCAAAAAGACAUCCUAUUCAAGACGCUAAAUGGUGAAAUCGUAUCCCACAUCAAAAAAUUUUAUUACUUUUCUACUAACUCCCUUCAUACACCAGAAAGAUUACCUUGAGAUGUUAAUCGCUGGUUUGUUGGUGACGUCAAACUCUAUUUUCAUGUAAAUUAUUCGUAAAAAAGUUCUGUUGUAUUGAUCCCCAACAUGGCCACCUUGUCACGUGGUUGCAAACCAAGAAUGCAAAUAUCCCAAGAGUUUCAUUAAAAAAGGACAAAAAUGUGAAAACGUGCUGUGUACAUGAUACAUCUUGCACAGAUUUGGCCGUCCAUUGAAAUGAACAGUGGAAGUUCUUUAAAGGCCAUUUUUCUUCUAAGAACAUUUACCUUUAUCUGCAUUAGCCUUUGUCAACAGUCGUCGGUGUGGAACGAUUCCACUGAAAAGAAGUUGCUGAGUAUUGGGUCUCUUUGCUCCAGUUUCUCUGUGUUUUAGAAGGUGAAUUCUUAUUAAAAGUGUUUUCUUCACUGACUUUUUCGUUUUUUAGUUCUGAGUUUUGCGAAGCACAUCUACAACUUCUAUUCACCAUCCUUGAAAAGGCUCCUCAAGCCACAAUCAGAGCGAACACGAUCGUAGCAGUUGGCGACCUGACGUUUAGAUUUCCAAACCUCAUUGAACCGUGGACCUCUCACUUAUAUGCCAGGUUUGUAAAUGAAGAAUUAAACAACAGUUUCUUUUACAGCCUGAGAAAACAGCCUACAUUUGGCGACGCUACCACUGGUUUCCCCGCCAAAUGACGUCUGAGAAACGAGCGCAGAAAUUCCAUACUGAUGAGGCGUCACUACCCAGAUCUGGGUAGUGCUUCUGAUUGGUUGAAUCAAAUUUCCCACGCGGCACGACCAAUCAGAAGCACUGCCUGGAUGUGGUAGCGACGGGUUCUGCGCUCGUUUCUCAGACGUCAUUUCGCGGAGAAACCAGUGGUGUCGUCGCGAAAUGUAGGCUGUUUUGUCAAGCUGUUUCUUAUAGUGGUGCAUCGAUCAUCGAUGAGCGACUGUAAUUGAUUGCGGAAGAUGCUCAGUCGAUGGUCACGGACAAAAUAAAAAUAUAUUAUAUAGUUUGGUUGGCAAUUAAGAUUGUUAAAGUUUUAGUAUUUUUUUAAUGGACUCAAUAUGCGGCCAUAAUCCAUUUGUGAUAUACUUCGUUGGUCGUGUUUUAAGACUCGGUACCCAUCAUCACAGAGGUGCAUAAUUCGCGCUAUUGGUUUCUUAUGGGUUUUUCCGUUCACAUUGAUCGUGCGUGUUAUAGGAAAACUUGUGUGUAAUACUUUUACUUUAACACAGUUAAAAAAUGAAUGGAAUUCUCAUAAGUAGAUUUUUCCGAUUAUAAUGUCUAUAAUUGAUGAUCGAUCGGUUAGGUCAAUUUGAUUAUUUCUGAUGGUCGACUAUGAAAUCUCGGCCGAUUUCCAAUACUUGUUUCUUAAAUUUGGGACCAUUCUGUCCACGCUUAUUUUGAUCUUGUGUCUUUUAACAGUUGGAGAUGUUUUCGUUUCACAAGACAACGUACUGUAGGGGCAAUUUACAAAGUUUUAAAACGUGUAUUGGGGCGUGUCAAAAGAAACCCAUGGGAGUGGGAGUCAAAUGGACAAGCCAUUUCCCAAAACAUCCUAGCCCCUCCUCCCUGUUCCUACAUUAAGCCUGUUGCUACACAAAUACUAAUUAUUUGGGCGUGGCCCAAAUAGAGUAAUGGAAACGGCUUGUUUUGACGCAAAUGUGCAAUAGGCGCGCAAUACGUGCUAACGUAAACAAGGCAAGUAAACAAGCGAAGCGAGGCAAAUGUCUGCCAUGCGAACGUCUUGUACAAGGUAUUAAAGAGGCAUGUGGGAAAGAAAGCUCAGCUAGCACGCGGCACUUAAUCGCACUUUUACGAUCUCAAAAGUUAAUCUGAAUCUUCAGUAUUUUUGCCUCAUCGAAAUUUGGAAGUCUGAAGUCCAGGGAUGAAAUCUAUCAAAAAUAUUUGGAAUAUUAACGUUGGGUUUUGGUCACAAUAAGAUCACAAGCAACGAACCUUGAAACACAGAAACUCAAAAAACGGAUCGAAGUCCACCAAUCACAAAUCAUAAACAAUGACCUUUUGAACCCGUUGAAGAAAACUUUCGUUUCCUAAGAGGUCCGCUAAGAUGAUUGACGUCUCACAUUUUUUUGACGAUAGGAUCGAAAUGCACCAAUCAUAGAAAGACAGUUUUAAUUGCGUGUUUCCUAAGAGGUCAUCUGAAUUUGCUGUUUUCUUUAUUUUAUGUCCAUUUUCUUUUCUUUAUUUUGUGAUUGGUCGAUUUUGUUAGGUCGAGUGGAUAAUCCAAUGAGGGACGAUUUGGAUCUCGUUUGAUCCGAAAUUUUUCGAAGCAGCAGUGAGAAGCAGUUUGGAUAACAUUUGGCCGCGGCGUUUCGAGGAACGUGUUAAUAUAUUGUUCAAUCAUGUUAUCCCGGGUUAAACUUACAAAUGCACACACUGUUCGCGGUAGGCCCACACUCCAAAAAAUAACACUUGACAAAAGUUAAUUGAAAGAAUUCCGGGUCUCACUCUGUGUAACGUUCCCUUUGUAUUGUCAUUUUCGCACUGCAUUUCGAUUUAUGCAUUCUCGCUCUAGAAUUAUCAGUGAACCAAACUUGCAGUGUGUUGUCCCUUCGAUCUUUAUCAAUACGUUUUGUACUCUGUCUUAAUUUUUGGUAGCUUUAUCUGUUUCUAACAAAUAUAUUCCCGCCACCUUCGCUUCGCAUAUUGAAAUACUGACAGCAGUUUGUAUGUUAUCUGACAGAUUGCGUGACGAGUCAGGUCACGUUCGUAAGAACACGCUAAUGGUGCUCACGCAUCUGAUUCUAAACGACAUGGUCAAGGUCAAAGGUCAGAUAAGUGAGAUGGCCACGUGUUUGGAAGACAAGGACAACAGAAUAUCUGAUCUGGCCAAACUGUUCUUUCUGGAAUUAUCCAAGAAGGUAAGAAUCGAAAAACAAAAUCACGUAACUAUCGGGAACAUGCGCUGCAUUUUCUUAGGCUCGCUUACCAGAGAACCCGCUACAAUGCAAUUGUUUUUUUUUCUGUUAAUUGUUGCUCGUGGAGACUACGUUCUGUUUGUUUAGUUUAUUAGCUAACUCGACUGGCAGAAGUCUCCCUGUAUUUUGUUGCGGCGAGGCGGUUCUCCCUUUCGUAAACGGUCGCUGCCAUUUUUAAGGCACAAAAUUUUUGACCUGUUAUUGAGAAUGUUUAUAUUAAAAAGAAAGAAAAUCGCAACCCUGGGUCUAACCCAGACCUCGAACCCAAACAUUUUGGUCCCUUAUCUCUCUCCCUUAUCACUACACUACCAGAUACUGACCCGCCAAAGUUCCGAACAAUUUAAGUACAUAAACUAGAAAUCUGUCUUUUUUAACUGUUCCAUCAAUAACAGGGGACCCUCGCCUUUUCCAUAAUUUUUAACGAAAAUUCAACUUGGGCUUAAACGUCGUUCUUUUCAAAACUUAUUAUUUACCUUAUCGUAACUUAAUCCAAGGGAAUAUAUUACAUCUAUCAUGACUAGCUUGGUCACCACUGGUGGCAUCGAUCGUUAAAAAUGGCAACGACCAUUUACGAAAGGGAAAAUGGUGGCGGCGAGCGCGCGAUUUAGGACAAAUGAGCGAAUAAGCUGUGACACGCGACAAGCGAGGAUAAGUUUCUUGUACUUGAAGGAAAAUGAGAGAAAACUUGCGUCCAUCUUGUAUUUUCUUUUACAGGAAAGUUUCUGAGACAAUUUUUUUGAUACUAAAAAAGUUCUUCUACCACCAAUCCGGACCGCGUAUCACGUUCUUAUGGUCGAAACUUUAGGAAUUAUUUCACAGAAAAUAAUUGACGAACAAAACAAUCUUUUGCUUCUUUGCCUGGAUUUUGACGACGCCAACACACUUUAUUUGAGUGUCAAUGUAUUUAGCACGAAAGUACCUGAUUGGGGACACUAUUUUUACGUCUUCUACCGGAGACACGACCACCAUUUUACGUGGUCAUAUCAUCCGCGUCAGGCAAAGGUCAAGCCUGUCUGCAGGCCCUUUAAAUUGGUCCGGCCCCGGCAAUCAAACCCGCGACCUCCCGAUCAGCAGUUAAGCGCUCUAUCGACUGAGCUAAUCCUGUUGCGGUUUAGUUGUUUAGUUUCUUUUCCUAGAUCUAAGCUAAGUUGUUUUUUUAUUAUAACGUUAGGGCAACGCGAUCUACAACAUUCUUCCAGAUGUGAUAAGCCGCUUGUCGGAUCCUGAUUGUGGAAUUGAAGAAGAACCCUUCAGAAAUAUUAUGAGGUAUAGCUACAGUUUAUUGCCUUGUUGUACCAUUAACCGGACCUAUUUGUAAGAAGGACCAUAGCGCAAAUCCAAGAUAAGGGGCCGUUUAGGGCUCGUAUGCUCUACCAACAGAUAAACUAGAAUUAAAGCUAUGACGAUUUAUGACUGUUCUUAACUUCAGUGAAGUUUUCUGGGGAUAUUCAAAUUACGGAAGUAACUACUGUAAGGCAAAUUGUUUAAUAUUAAUUCCUGAUUAAAUCAUGUCGAUCAAAAGCUGUUUUUUCACUGCAACUGAUCUGACAAAGGGAAAUUAUCACACUUAUUAUUAUACUGAAUUGAUAAAUUAACGAAUGAUUUAAUUAACAAAUUAUAUUGAUCAAUUAAUUAUUCAACCUGCUCGUCACAAAAUUUUCUAUGGGCUAGUUAAAACGACUUCUCGGGCUAGCUACAGCUUGCUCGACAUUUAAUCUGUGAAACUGACUUUCUUUGCACCCUGGUUUUGUAAGUUUUUGAUGUUAUUUUACUUGAAUACCGGGUAGUAAACGAAGUUAUAAGAAAGAAAUAAGUGAUACUUUUAUUGUGAGACGCUGUGAGUGUCCCUGUAGUAAACAGCAGAAGAAACAAGUUCGUUUUUUUGUUGGGAUGGCUUUCUGAGUAUCACUUAUCUUCACCAUCCAUAUUAAUACUCUUACCUUUAUCUGCUAAUUUUUUUUUCCAGGUACCUUUUGUCAUUUAUCCAGAAAGAUCGUCAAUCUGAGAGUCUUGUAGAGAAGCUGUGCCAUAGAUUCCGAGCCACAAAGUAAGUUUACACAUAAAAGGUGGAUAACACUGGAUAGCGAUUUAUCCGGUUAUUUGCUCUAUCCAAUUUUUGAACAAGUGGAGCUUAAUUAGGUUUUCGAAAUCCUCUGUUUCAUGUAAACAUAAAAUACACAAAAAGUGCUCUUUCCACGCUCAAUUCAAUAUGUUUUCCUUCCCAGGCUAUUCUCGGAUAUUCAAACUAGCCAGUUCGCGAUACUCCCGCUGUCACAGUGAUAUGGGCAUCCCCCUAACCCUAACCCUAACCUAAAUCGCUAAGAUAAUAUGAGAAGGGGAUGCCCAAAACGCGGAGAUGCCCAUAUCACUGCAACACCGCCUUGUCUCGCCAUUUUAACUUGUUAAUAUGUCAUGUAUAAUUAUAGCUAUGACGUCAACCUUUUUUAACCUCUGUUUUAACCCGUUUACUUUUUGAAAUCUGACUUGUUCUUGUUUGUUCUUCAUUUCAGUGUGAAUACAAGGCCAAAAAUAAGAAAACAACAAAAAUUAAAACAAAACAAAAACAAAACAAAAAGAGCAGAUUCUUCUUGAAGUGAGUUUUUUUUUUUUCACAGCGUACCUAUUCUCUUGUGUUCAUUUAGAACUGAGCGUCAAUGGCGUGACUUGGCAUUCUGCUUGUCCAUGCUGUCGUAUAAUGAGCGAGGAAUCCGAAAGCUACAGGAGAACUUUGCGUGCUUCCACGAUAAGUUAGCUGAGGAAGAUGUUUACCAAUCAUUCCUGGCCAUUGUAGGGAAGAGCAAGAAAUUUGCCAAGCCAGAAGUCAAGGUAGACCUAGGUUUUGUUGUUAUGAAAAUACAGCUAUACUUGUUACUUUAGACUGUUCACGGUCCUCUACGAUUGUUCAGAUCGUGAGCUUACCAUAACGGGCCGCUCAGUAUUGAUGUUUUAAAUGUUCAGGGAUAAAUGAUAUAUACAUAGCAAUGAUAAAGAUAAUUUUUGUUGUUAUACUUCCUAUCUCUCUUCUCAUUGGCUAAGAGCUUACAGUCAAUUUUGGAAAUCAGCUCAACUUACAGAUGAGUUGGUUAUUUGCUAGCAGGUAACUAACUAAUCUGUAGGUUGGACGUGCAGUGUAUGAUUUUCAAGAGCAAUGUCAAACCGUGUUUCGUGCAACGGUGUGUUUGUCGUUCUUUUAUUCAAGACAAUGUAUAAUAGAAAGCAAUUGUUAGAUUCGGUUUUUGUGAUAUCUGGAAAAAUAAUCAAGGUGGAGGUAGGUAAGCGUUAUAAGCCGAGGCCGAAUAUUGUUUUUUUCCAUCAGGCUUUAGUAGAUGAGUUAGAGCAGCGCAUCAGUCAGUGUCACACUAAAGGCAUGGAGGACGAGGAGGACUAUGAACGAGCAUCCAAAGCUUUAGGAGCGGCGACUGGUUCUAACAAGGCUAAAAGAAGCGUCAACACUCCUGCAGGUAAAUACCCUCAACGUAUGGUUGAAUGCUUAGUAACAUAGUCUUUUCUGAUUGAAAACGAGGCUGGCAUUGACUUUGUUUCCAUAGAAGCUACCAUUUGUAUGCAUAAGAACAUGAAGCCAGCUUGGACACCUUAUGAAUUUUACACAACGCAUUAUUUUCAUAAUGGAACGAGCCUGGAAUGUAGAAUGAGGCUAGAAUAGCUGAAAAAACCAAAACUACAGGGCGCCAGUUAUGGAGAGAACACAGUAGAGAGUUAAGCACUGAUCUGCAAUGAUUAGGGUUAAGCACUGAACAGAAAACGGUUAGCUUUCAAAUAUUGUAAUGGGGUACGGCAUAUAUAAGAACAUGUAUAUUUUGAAAAUUACUGGAUUUGACAGCUAGUCCUCGAUGGUGUAGUGGAUAUGGAUGUAGGUUAUAAAGCAAGUGACCCAGGUUCAAAGCAUCACAGUGGAGUUUUUCUAUUUCACUUUUAUAUUACACAGUAAAGUUGGACUUAAGUUGUUCUUCAUGUAAUUUUACUGAAAGAAACAAUCUGACUUAAGCCGAUGUUACCUUAUGCUAACCAUCUUAAUAUUUGCAAAGCCAUUCACAGACGCAAACAAGAGAUAUUUGCAAAGGCCAAGCAAAGACCUUCAAAUCUAAGGUUGCUACUUUCACCGUGAAAUGUUUACAGUAUUACCAAUACCCCGUAAAAAUCUCACCAGUUAAAACAAAAAGCGCCGUAGACGUUUUAUAGCGGUGGAGCAAGGCCAUAUUUCUAUCAAAACAAGGUUCAAGUACCUCCAGCCCCCGCUCCUCUCAAGACCAGAACACUCUGCACACAACUGUAAAAUGACCAAUUUCUGGAGAGUUAAAAUUUCACUUUGUUUUCCUAACAAAUGGGUUAACACAAGGUUGUGUUUUAAAUGAUUUACCAGGGCUCGACGUUGUGACCUGUGGGGUCGCCAAUGCGACCAGCUUUUACGCAGUGGCGACCAAAUUUUCACGCCUGGUCGCCAACCUGGCCUCCGAGAUAGGUGACUUUCUUCUCUGGGAAAACGUACACUAAUGAUAAUUUGUUAUCCUUUACAAAACUAACGGAUAGUUAACGGUUUUUCUAACGCUCUAACCUUUUGCCCAAACGCUUUAACGGUUCGUUUAAAAGGCGUUUUAACGAUUUGUUUAGACGCUUUAACGAUUUUUUCCAACACUCUAAAGGAUUGUUCUUAUGAUCUAACAGAUGGUCCGUCUAACACUUGACUUUUACUUGAAAGAGGAUUGUGAAAAUCCCAAGUGCUGAAUUCGACGGAGGUCUUAUCGACUUUCGGGCAAAUCGAUCGCAAUUCUCAACAGGUCGUCCCGUGUUUCUCCGGGAAUGACUUUCAGCGCAUCGAUUUAAAACAGUUUCUUAAUAUGUCGAACAUGUUUCUCGAUUUUCGGACUCGAUAGCAGAUUAGUCUGAUAAAGCUUAAGCUAAUCGAGAGCCAACGGCGCUCAGUUAUUUCUCGAGCUUCUUGUAAACAACUUUCUGUUGAGCGUGACGACCCAAAUAAAAGCUCUGCCGUAUUUUACUGACUUGUAAUGAAGUACCGUUGAAUUCAUGCUGAAUGUCUAACAGACUUCUCGCGAAAUCAACUUUUUUGCCCGAAAACAUUAGCGGCGUUUCCUCUUUCAAGAGACUUUCGAUCACGUGUUACACAACCGCGAAAUAGAUCAAGUUUCACCGAUGUUCAUUUCUGAACGUGCAAAUACAUGGGACGCAAAACAAAUUUUGCAGAUUUUGUUCUUGAAUAACUCAAAUAAGUUUUUGUUUAUUCCUAGAGUUUGUUUAUCUAAAUGUGUAUUCCAUUGCUUUAAUACCUGUUUGAGGAGAUUUACGCCUGAGUACGGGUUCAACGGCUGGUAAUCGAGCCUCGAGCGAAAACCGUUCGAAAGAAAGUUCACAGGAAGUCUAAAGCAUUCUUUUUCUGUUAAGGCUAAGUAAAAGAUGUUAAGUUUAUUGUAUUCCAUUAGUUCUUAAAUAUAAUAUUUGGCGACUAGAAGACUUGUUCUGGCGACCAAAAAUGAAAACUUGGGGGCCAGCUGGCCCCAAAAUUUUUUUCUGAAAGUCGAGCACUGUUUACAUAGAAGCUUGUGUUCACUGAGGCCACUUCCACUCGAAUCCAGAUAUUUUUGAAACCGCAUUUUUUUUACACUUGACUUUCCGCGGAGAAAAAUUCGUCCUCCUUGGUUGACAGAGAACGCUAUUAUUCGACUUGGCCUUUGAAACGUGACUUUACCUUUUUGGUUUGACGAUUGAGGAACAAAGUUCCGUUACCAAAGUCGUUAACGUUUGGCGAAAAAGAUAAUUGUCCUGUUUAGUUUUGAAUUCUCGGUCUACCUUUUUUGGUGCUGUUUUUGAAUAAGUUUCAUCAGCCAGACUUUACUCUGUAGGAAAAGGAAACCGGGCUCAGAAAGGUCGAACACCGGCAACAAAGAAAAAGCGACAGAAGAAAACAGUGGAAGAUAGCGACGACGAACCUAGUCCCAUGCCCCUUAGAACGCCGGGCAACGCACCCAGACCGCCGAAGCCUACUAAAGCAAAAUCGACCAAUCAAAGGCGUCGAAAGAUGCCUGUUUUUGAAAGUGACGACGAAGAUAGCAUCGAGUUAUUUGACUUGGAUGAAGAGGAAGAAAACUCUACUGGACUGGACUCCGAAGAUGAUGAAAAUGUCAAUCCAAAUGCGUCAAACAAACAUAAUUCCAAUGGGGGUAAAUCGCGUGGUGUGGAAUCACAGGGCACAAGGAAGUCAAGAAGACGGCGAUUGAGCAGUACAUGA